CGUUGAUAAAAAUCAUCCGGGAACGUCCUGUCGGGUGGUCGCGACUUUCCGUAACCAGGUGGAUCCCAUGCUACUAUGUUGAUCGAUAAUUCCGCCAUCGCCGGCGUCGCCUAGCAUUUGUUUUCGGAACGCGAGGAGAUGGACUUGGAGGUUUUGGCGAGACGAACAGGCUCGGCAUAGCGCGAUCACGAUAUAUUGAUCGACAUCUUUUCUUUCUCGUCCUGACGUGAUGACCAACGUGAAACACCAAGGAAGAUAACGUGGACGAUUGCAAUCCGGACUUUCGCGACAUGUAGUGCUCGCGACUCGUCGGUCACCAGAGUGUAAGUUGCGUCGAGUACGAUUGAGCGAAUUCGAGCGACAUUCUGCUUGAGCGAUGGGAUUGCUUGAUGAUGAGAGUAGAUUCGUGGCCUGGUGAUCCUGAGGUAGCGAAAGUAUGGCAGCGGCGCAGGGCACACCGGAGUCGGACACUGGGAGCUUCGAGUGUUUCAGAAACUACACAGCACCGGAGGUGUUUGUGCAAGGCCUGGCUGGCAUCGUUGAUCAGCAGGAUGUGGAGUCUAUGAUACGUGCGCAGAAACAGAUGUUACAAAGGUUUGAAAAGACCAACGAGAUGCUGACAAACUGCAAUCAAUUGUCGGUGAACAGACUCAAGACUGCCGGUACAGAAUUCAAGAAACACACUGCUCUUCUAAUCGAAAUGAAGAGGGACUUGGAUUAUAUUUUUAAGAGGAUUCGCUUGAUAAAGAAUAAAUUGAGCCAGCAGUAUCCACAAGCGUUCAACGAGGCAGUAAGGAGCAGCUUGGCGGAGGAAGUUAUCGUGGAGGAUGUCGAUUGCCCGGUGAAGCCUCUCGAGCCGGAAGUCGUGCCAUUGCCAUCCGCUUCAGUUCACGGCGCUGCCGAUCAAGAUCCCGAUUCAGAUGUGCCGGUCGAGGAGUUUCAGUUCGCGAAGCUGCGCAAACGGCGAAUAAAGAGUAACGACAGCUCGUCGACGGAGAGCAACAACGAUCAGAGUAACGCCGAUACAUCGUCCUGCACAUCCGAUACCGGUUGAAAGCCGGUAAUGAGCCAGUAAUGAGAGAAAGAGGGAGAAAGGGGAUGAGAGAGAAACGCUUGUCAUAAUAAUUGUUUCAACGGUCGGGCUCACGCACCGACCGUUUUGAAUGUUGCUCGGAAGCGAUACGGGCUAAUCAAUCGGUCAAUCGAUCGAUUGAUCAGUAAGGCAAUAAGGGAGUCGGGAGGCGCGGAGUCUCAAGGUGGCGUCGACGCCACGCACAGCCAUAUCUCGAUGUUAUUGUGCGAGCUGCGAAUUUGUGAGUACUGUCAAUGUUAAGAAAAAUAAAUUCUUUGUACAUGGUA